AUGGCAGAGACGCCUCAACGACAAAGCAAGCAUGUUCAUGAAGAUGCCGUGCUCACUGACGACGAUACAGAGGGGAAGACUGUGAUCUCGGUCAGUGAGACCGACGUGGAUGGGGGAGACCCAAAACAGCAAUAUCCAUCAACGUGGCAGCUUGUGCCUAUACUCAUUGGAAUCUGUCUGCAAUCUAUCUGCAUUGCCCUGGAUAACACUAUUCUGUCCACGGCCACCCCCAAGAUCACCGAGCAAUUCAAUUCCCUGGAAGAUCUGUCUUGGUAUGCAAGUGCAUAUCUUCUGACAACCUGCGCCGUGACCUUGCCAUUUGGUCGAGUGUACACUUUUUUCUCCACCAAAUGGACGUACCUGUUCGCCUUGACCUUGUUUGAAGUCGGAUCGCUAGUAUGUGCGUCCACGCCGACUUCAAAGGGCCUCAUUCUAGGUAGAGCAAUUGCAGGGAUCGGAUCGGGGGGAAUGUCGCCUGGUGCAUUGCUAGUUUUGUCCGAGAGUGUGCCGCUCCAUCGCCGUGCCCUUUACUUUUCGAUCAUUGGAAGUGUUAGCGGUAUCGCUACAAUCACUGGGCCUAUACUAGGAGGACUUUUGACCGACCGCGCCAGUUGGAGAUGGUGCUUUUGGUUGAACUUACCCGUAGGGGCCAUCACCGGACUCUUCAUCCUUGUGUUCUUCAAGGAUAGGAUACAAUCUCAAAGUGCACCAUCGGGAUAUCUGAAGAGAAUUCAGAAGAUGGAUCCCCUUGGUCUUGCAACUUUACUGCCCGCGGUCGUUUCGCUCUUAUUGACCCUUCAGUGGGGUGGAACACAGUUCUCGUGGACACAUCCAAAAAUCAUUGCGCUGUUGGUAAUAUUUGCUGUAUCUGGCGCAUCUUGGUGCGCGAUACAAAUCUGGAAACAAGACGAAGCCACUGUUCCACCUCGUCUACUGAAGAAUCGAAAUGUCCUUGGGGCGGUGAUACACGCGAUGUUCCUUGGCGGCUCCUUUUUCGUUUUUGGUUAUUAUCUCCCCAUAUGGUUCCAAGCUGUACAACAAGUCUCAGCCAUCCAGUCUGGCAUCAAUAACUUACCCACUGUCAUCACCAUGAUCGUCUGCUCUACGUUUAGUGGUCUACUCGUCAACAUGAUCGGCUACUACACCCCACUCAUGUUUCUCGGAAGCGCCUUUUUGACCAUUGGGUUCGGUCUAUGUACAACAUUUCACGUCCACACGAAUUACGGCGCCUGGAUUGGCUACCAAGUUAUCAUUGGAAUUGGAGCUGGGGUAGGAUUCCAGCAGUGCUACAACGCCCUCCAAACUGUUCUCUCGUCAACAGAUUUACCAGUGGGCAUCUCCAUCAUCACAUUCUCGCAGAGCCUGAGCGGGGCUCUCUUCGUGUCUAUUGCCCAGAAUGUUUUCCAGAACCGCCUCGUCCUCAACUUGACUCGGUACGCAUCGUCAAUUGACCCCGCGGUCGUCGUCCAAGCUGGGGCGUCGAAUCUUGCAGGCAAGAUUCCUCGUUCACUGCUGCCUUCUGUGCUGGCUGCGUACAAUCUCGCGGUGACUCAAACUUUCUUUGUCUGCGUGGCAAUGGCUCUGGUCUCGUUUCUGGCAGCCUGCCUGGUUGAGUGGAAAUCAAUGAAGAAGGCGGCAAACAUCUUGGAUCUUGAAAAGUCGACGUGA